ACCCCACCCACCUUUGCGUCGAGUCACAAAGAUCUUCAACCGCAAAGCGACCACGACGACUUUUGUUCGCUAUUCCUACGAGACAUCCGAUUAUCACCCGUACGUCACAGAAUACCAUGGCCCCGAAAAAGAGCGGAGGAGAAGGUUCGAAGAAGGCCCAAGGCCAGGCACGAAAGGCAGACGCGGCGGCGAGCAAGCAAGCCCAAAAAGAUGCAGAGGCAGCGGCAGCAGAGGCCAAGAAGUGGGAUACGGGCUCCAAGUCCAAUUCCAAAGCUGAAGCCGCUGCGGCGAAGAAGGAAGAAGCCGCUCGCAAGAAGGCCGAGAAAGAUGCGCUGCUGAAGGAGGAAGAAGCAUCACUACCCGCAAAGCCCAAGGGAGCUGGUGCAAAGAAGGCGGAGAAAAAGACGCGCGGUAUCGACUCCGCUCUGGGCUCGCUCAGCGCCACAGGUAUCGACAACGCCCUGGAUGCGCUCAGUCUCACUGCACAAGACGGCGACAAGAUCGACCGACACCCCGAGAGGAGGUACAAGGCUGCGUAUGCGGCAUACGAAGAGCGGAGGCUGGAGGAGAUGAAGGACGAGAAGGGCCUGAGGCGGAACCAAAAGGUCGACCAGAUCAGGAAAGAGUUCGACAAGCACCCCGACAACCCGAAGAAUCAGGCACAGCUUGCUUUCAACGCGACAAAGGAAGAGAUCGCGGAAUUCAAGGAGGCAGAGCGGAUCAAGAAGGAGCAGCGAUUGGGAGGUGCGUCCUGAAGGGCGUCGUGACUUGGUUUCUGGGCUUUAGCGACAUGCUUGGUGUUUGGAUAGACUCGGAAUAGAUGCGUGGCGCGUAUAGGCUAUUAGGGCGGCGGUUGUGAAACCGACUGCAUGGUAUCUUGAAAUGGAAUGAACACUUUUG